GGUAGAUUGAGGGCAUUGGGAGCUCGUAGUGCGUCCCGCCAGAAUGCCACUUUUCUGUGUUGUCCUUCUCUCAUAACACCUGCCUGUCACGCACUACAGCCGGCGACGAAGACGGUGUCGGUGUCUGGCGUGCAGAGGGUUCAUCCUCGGUGCUGAUCGAACGAGCAUCUCGCCAUUGGCUUUUCGCUGCGAUAAAUCCAAAACCCGCCCACGACCUAGACCUGCGACAGUACACUGCUUACCUGCGCCCGAGCGCAGGACCCCCCUCGACCGCCAUGACACAACACCUGGAGGCUGGCUCCUCCGCCCUCUACGCUCGAUUCCCCGAACUCGAUCACACCCCGCCGCCGCAGAAAGAAUGGCCCAUUGACGAAGUGUCGGUGUGCGCCAGCCCAGGUGACUUCACAUCUCCUGCCCCACGACCACGGAGGAGGACAUGGAGUGCUGUGCCAGACCAGGAGAGUUUGGGCAGUGCGCUCAGGAAGGCAAUCAUGGAACACCAGCUCGGCUUGUCUUUGAACUUUGUUCUGCUGCUGGGCAUGACAUACGCACUGUUCCCUAGCCUUCGGGGAAAUAUCAAAGCUUGCUUCACUCUGUCGUAUGCAGCAGAGGACUCAGGACUUUAUGGGCAAGGCUUGCGAGAUAUGUAUCUGGUAGCGAGCUGCAUCAUCUAUUUCACCGGAUUGCGAGCAUUCAUGUUGGACUAUGUCCUCAUGCCCAUGGCUGCUGCAUGUGGUAUUGGAAGAAAGAAGGGUCGAGUUCGAUUUGCUGAACAAGCUUAUAUGCUAGUGUACUAUACCGUAUACUGGUUCUGGGGUCUGGCCGUCUUUGUUCAGGAUACACCAAGCGGUAUUACCAAUGUCAAUGACCUGCUUGUGUCGCUAUGGAGGGACUUUCCCAGGCUACUCAUGCCUACCGGCAUCAAGCUGUACUACUUGACACAGUUCGCCUUCUGGAUCCAGCAGAUCAUUGUCAUACACUUGGAAGAGCGCAGGAAGGACCACUACCAGAUGCUCACGCACCACUUUGUGACAGUCGGCUUGAUGGGUGGCAGCUAUGGAUACAGGCAGUGGCGCGUAGGCAACGCAAUUCUGGUCUGCAUGGACAUUGUCGAUCUCGUGCUUCCCCUGGCCAAGAUUCUGCGUUACCUGGGCAUGCAAAUGGCUUGCGACUGCGCCUUUGGUCUUUUCGUCAUCACAUGGAUCGGUGCAAGACAUAUCUGCUACAUUGCGAUAUGCUGGAGCAUCUACGCACAUGUCAAUGUGGUGACUAUGCCAUAUGGAGUGUAUUCCACCAUCACUGGGGAACGCAUAUCAACAGACGGCGGCGAAUCCAUCAUGGACAACCUAUUGCAGCCCAUGCUCCGACCAGAAGCGAAGACAUUUGCAUUCAAUGCCAACAUAAGAUGGUGGUUCCUCGGCUUACUUGGAGCACUACAACUGAUUACCCUCGCAUGGCUGGUGAUGAUCAUGCGAGUUGUCGUCCGUGUGCUUGGAGGGCAAGGAGCCGACGACACGCGCAGUGACGACGAAGGCGAGGACGAAGACGUGGACCCCAUUCCCCCACAGCCUUCCGACCACACAGCACCAUUAGAAGCCGAGAAACCACGAUUCAUUGAAGUCGAAGCAAGCACAGAAGACCACAGUUGGCCAGCACGCAAAGUCACAGCAAAUGGAAAGAGGAAAUCAAAAGGUAUCUCAAGUGGCCUCAAUUUGGGCGAGCACAAGGAGAUAUUGAAUAGAAUCGGCUGUUUGAGCGAGGAGCAGUUAGCUCGCGAGAGAGAGGCACGAAACGGUAGCGCCAGUCCAAGACCAGGCAGCGCUAGUUUGCGAUAGAUGUGGGUCAUGUAAGAUAGAUGCCGCACAUGUGGAGUCUCCUGUGCGUCUAGAGGUUUUGAAUGCGGAGGCGCUGAAAAAAGCUUUGAGAUUAAAGCAGGAUAUACCCAAUCCAAUGAGC